AUGCUUGUGGUCCUGCUCACAGCAGAAUUGCUGGCCCUGAGCUCAGCUCAGAGAAGAGAUCAAGAGAUCAACAAUGCUGAGACAUCUGAUGUCCAACAACACCCAGAUUCUGUGCAACAAACCCAGGACUCAGAUUCAGAUCUCCCUUCUGUUGAUGUAAAUUCAGGGAAUGUUCAAGAGCAUGAAUCAACUCCAGCAGCAAAUGAAGCGCCUUCUGCAAACCCUGGGAAUGAACAGGAACAGAAACAGCAGCAAUCACUCCUUGUAGAGAAUCAAGAGCCUUUUGACACUGAGAAGAAUCCAGAGCAGAAACCCUCUCCUCCUAAGACUCUACAUUACAAAAGAAAUACAAAGCCGCAAAUCUAUUGUUAUGCCCUUGGAAUAAGACCACUAAAACCAUCUUUGCUAACACCCAUUCCUUUUCUACCAUGGGCCUGA